AUGUCAACGGACAGUAUCGAUGAUUGCUGGCUGAAAUGGAAAAAAUUGUUUCUUGACGCUGUGGGUAAAUUUGUUCCAACAAGGACCAUCAAAGACAAAAAAUGUCCGCCUUGGAUUGACGGAGAAGUUCGCCAUUUCAUAAGAAAGAAAUACGAUGCUUUGAGAAAAUUUCGGAAGGACAGAUCUGAUAUCCGCAAACAAAACCUGCGCGAACUAAGUCAAAAAGUGAAAUAUUUGAUAAGGGCAAAGCACCGCGAGUAUCUCAAGAAAAUUGAAGGUUCUUUCAAGGACAAUCCAAAAUUAUUUUGGAGUUACCACAAGGCUAUCUUACACCACCAUGGAAAGUCAACUUCGAAAAUAACACAUAAUGACAAAACAGCAACUACACCAGCUGGUAAGGCAGAACUGUUCAAUUCAUAUUUCUCUUCUGUAUUUCGUCCUCCCUCUUCGCAACAAGAUAUCGACAAUAGGAAUUUACUAGAUUAUCCUCCACCCGAAGUACUGUUAUCCGAACUCACUGUGACAGUCGAAGAUGUUACAAAUUAUCUCAAUGCUCUGGACAUCACGAAAGCAAGUGGGCCCGACGAAAUCCCUGCUCGUCUCCUUAAAACUUGUAGCAAUGAAAUCGCGCCAAGCCUCUGCUCCCUCUUCAACCGAUCGCUAGAAACAGCUCGUUUACCGUCGGAAUGGAAAAUGGCCAAUAUAACUUCA